AGAAGUUCCGUAUCUCUUAAAUUCAUUCCAUUUUACAGUCCUGCACUUGAACAAACGUUACCAACAGCGAUUAGGAUUUGUGUGUAAUUGUAAGGGAACGAGCCACACCCUAUCUAGUCGAGUGAAGACCAUGUGUAGUAAACGCCAUAAUCCAGUAGAGAGCAUUUGCAAAAAACUUCAGACCAUUCAGAAGAGGGAUCAGAUGUCCAACCCUGUGCUGCAAAUUCCUAAAUUUCGCUCCCGAAACUUUGAGAGCCCUCAGGUCAGCCUCAAGAAGAACAUGGAGGUGAUUCUGAGGAACAGAACAGCAGAGCAUCACACAGUGGAGCAGGAAGUGAACAUCGCUGUUGCAAAUUGUACGCCGUCACCCAAAAUCUCUACAGGUCAACCAGGAAAGCCUCCCACGGUUAGUUCUACUUACACAGUGGUCAGCUCCAUUGGAGGGAUGUUGUCCAAGCCACUGCAUCGCUGUGGAGCUCAGAGCUGCUCCACUCCAGUUAGUGGGUGUGUGAGGAACAUUACCAGUUUGAGUCAACCCUAUUCGGCCAUUGUUAACAUUGAGCACCGUAUAGUGACCAGUGAUGAUGGGAGUGUCACGUGCAGCCCAGUGAACUCCUCCAACUUUAAUUUCUACACCCGCUUGCAUAGAACACAGUCACCUGUAGCGAAGAAGUUAUCCUUAGAUGAGACAAGUGUAAACGAGCCUGUCGUGGUAAACAGAAUGGAAAAUGCGGAAGAAAUGAGUCUGAUCUGUGAGGAAGAUUUGCUGGACACCAUUUUUUAUGCCUGUGACACAAAGCACAGAGGGAAAGUGCCUGUUUCUAUGAUUGUGGACUAUCUACGACACACCACGAGCCGCAGUUCUGAGGACAGUGGCCUCGAGGAUUUGUGUAACAUGCUAGACCCGGAUAACAAGGAUGUGUCCAUUGAUCUGAACACCUAUCGUGCAGUGAUGAAAGAAUGGAUUGAAGACUGUAGGAGGAAAAGUUUCCAUGAAGAGACACAAGAAGUUGUAAAUGUUAAUGAAGAUGUUGUCCAACAUCGUAAUGGAGUUGUAUCAGGAAUCAAACUUUCUGAUGCAACCGAUGGGACUGUGGGAAGCUUGGAGGCACUUGGUGGGGAGAUUUCGAAAGGAGACUUGGAGACAUCAGAUUUAAUUUCUUGUAUUGCUGAUCUCCAAUACAACCAUCAAAAACUUCAGGAUCAGAAUCUGAAGUUACGAUUGGUGGUUGAGGCCACAGAAGAAAGCAACAAUCGAUUAAUGGAGGAAAACGAGGAGCUGCUCACCCAGGUGAAAAGUGCUCAGCAGACCGUUUUAAUAGAAAAGUCUUUGAAAGAAGAUCUGGAAGAAUUGAGGACACAGAUAUCUACUUUACAAGAGAGCAAUGAAAGGCUUAUUCUUCAGAAUAAGCAAGAGGUGAAGGACAAUCAAUACCUAAUUCAGAAGAUUGCCUCACUUCAGGAAGAGAAUCUAAGAAUUACCAUAGAUAUAGAGGCACUUCACGACAGGAUUGCUGUGCUGUCCAGUGAUAAGACAGAGCUUCAGAUGCAGUUAACUGAUCUUGACAAUCUUGUGCAUGAUAAGGAUGCAGCUUUGCUUGAGAGGGAUAAUCACAUUGAGGAACUUAAGGAUUCCAUUGUUGAAUAUUCCUUGGUGGUAGAGGCCUUGCGAACGGAGAAGACAAAAUUAGAAAAUCAGCUGCUAAUGCAACAGGAGCUAUCUUCUGAGUGCAUUAAGUUGACGGGAAUGCCCCAAGAUGGACACGACCUAGCCAAGGGACCAAGCUCCUUGCAGUCAGAGCUUUUAAACGCUCAAUGUGCUCUUGAGGUGGACAGUUCCGAAUGGUCAAGAGUUUCUGAACACCCCUUUGACGAGGCCCUGGACAAGGAGGUCGUGAUGCUCAUACAAAGUCUUGGGACAGAGGCAGCCGCAGUUCAAUUCAAAAUGAUCACCACACAGAUGACAAAGGAGCUCUCUGGAGAAAUUGAGAUGCUGGUCACGUGGUUGAAACAAAUAGGUGAACUGAAAAUAAACUCUGAAGAUCUGAAUGAAGCUAAGCUUGAGCACCUGAGAAAUAAUCUGCAGGAGAGAAGGCGUCUGUGGCUGCGGAACAUCUGUGACUUGGAGGAGCAGAAGCUGGCUGUGGAUCGGGAGUAUGUCAGGCUGGCGAGCAACUUUCGAAGGAGCAGAACAGAGCAACUGCACCUGAGGAAGAGAGACGCCGCUAGGCUGCAGGAACUUGAAGCCCAGAAGCAGCUAACGGAGACAGCGGCAACUGCCCUCAAACUUCAGCUGAACCAAGUUUCUCAACAGCUCGAAGAUCUGCAAAACGAGGUCUUUGACAAGAAUGCUGCAUUAGCCUCAGUCAGAAACGGCACAGAAGUGUUACAGCAUGAACUGGAGGAAGCAGUGACGGGGAGGCAGCGAAUCCAGUCAAUAAAUCAAGCUCUAUCAGACGCUAUCAACACCCUCGAACAAAAACUCAACCAGCAGCAAACAACCAUUCAAUCACUGAGUGCGAAACUCUUCCAGCAAGAAUUGUGUGGAUUGCAGACCCAGACAGGACGUUGCUACAAGGGACUACGGUUACAUAUUCCACAAAGUUUGCAAGGGAGCCAAGCUCCUCUCCGCUUACUGCCAUGUUCUCAACCAUGGAUGCUCCUUAACUCUGUAACCCCAUACUCCCACUCACCGUUGCUGGAUGCCUUACUGUUGGAGGACUUUUAUCCAAAGCAUCACUUCCAAAAUUCCCUCCACAUUCACCACAACAUCGAACAGCAAAACUCUAUGGCUUCCGCAGAUGAGCUCAUUAACAUCCAGUCUAGAUGCCAGUUGCAGACAGUCCUGCAGACCGAGGGAGAGGUUUCUGUCACUGAGGUGAGCGGAGAGUAUCUGAACAAGGCUGGAGCUGGCAAGAAAGUGAACAGCCAUGAUCUGCUUCAACCUAGUGAAGAGCCUGACCUAACUUGUACUGGCCCAGUGGAGAUCUCCAUAAUGUCUGGGUCCAGUGCUUCAUCUACUUCCAUAAGGAGAUCCGAUAGUGGCUUGCAACUUCAGGAAAUUGUAAAAACACUUGAUGCCGUUAAUGAAAACAAUGUUGAUAUGCACGGCAAAAUUAAAGAUACUACAGCAGAUGGCCCAGGUCCUCACGAUGGCAGUCAGCUCACCCUCAAACACCAGCUUUCCAAGACUGAUGAACUGGGAUCCAGGAGCAAAGUAAAAAUUAACUUGGAAGCUACUCGAGGUUCUGUGGCUGUAGAGGAACUAAGCCCAAGUGAGUUGCAAGCUGUCCAUCCCAGUCCACACCGUGAUGUUCAAGCAGCAAAUUAUCAGUCAUCUGGUUAUAAAAUUCAAGAUCUGCUGAACCUACGGAGAAUCUCAAAUACCGAACAGGACGUGGAGGCUGAAUUUCUCCGAUUUUCGUUAGCUUUCAAGUGCGACAUCUUUACUCUCGAGAAGAGAUUGCGGCUGGAGGAGCGAUCCAGAGAUUUAGCUGAAAUAAAUUUGAAAAAGGAGAUUGAGAAAUGUCACCAGACACUGCAGAUUGUGAAACCCUUGUGUGAAGAGCAGCAGUUGCUGGAGACCUUCGAGAAACUAGAGCGAAGCCUCGCGAUGCUCUCGCAGACGAUCAGCCGGAUGGCCAGCAAGGCUGAAAUGUUAGGAGCCAUUCACCAGGAGACUCGGGUCAGUAAGGCUGUUGGAGUUAUGAUUCAGUACGUUGAAAAUCUGAAGCGUAUGUACGCAAAGGAGCACACGGAACUGGAAGAAAUGAAACAGCUUCUUCAGAACGGCAAAGCCAGCAGCUCAUUCAGAGAAAUCCAAGAUGAGCUGCAAAAUAAAAAGUUCCUUUCUACGCAGACAUUAGGCAAAAAUGCCCCACGGAGAGUCAGCAUUGCAACAAUUCCAAGGCACACUGCAGGAGUACAGUGGGACACGUUGAAGCUGAAGGAAGUGGAUGAAGGAAGAAGGAAGUCGGAAGGAGAUCAGGACAAGUUACGGAAUAAGCUUACCAGAAAAUUAAGCAGUUGGAAAAUUUUAGGGGGUAAAGCGAAAGAUCCAUGUACAGUGCGACCAACACUGCAUCGAUUUAUCAGCACCUAUACCUGGGGUGGCAAAGACAAUCAGCUAGUGAAUAAAGGGAAUGCACCGGCAUUAGACGCACAAGAUGAGGAAGAGAAAGAGGAGGAAGUGGAAGAUGAAACUAUCUUAACUGAACCAGAAAAGAAGUCUGCGAAUGCUGAGUCGUGUGUUGUUUAUAGAGGAAUAUCACGGCAUCUCCUGGAAUUGUGGAAUACGUUUUCCAAAGGUGACCGAUUACCCUGGCUGCCUAUUAUACUUUUUAUCUCGCUAAGCAUUUUGGGCAGCUUUCUCAUUGGCUGGACAUUCCACACAUCUGUUGAUGCUGCCUCUGUGGUCUCUGGGGACUCUUGGAAAGCAUGGAAAGCGAUCCAGCAAUUUCUUUGGCCUUACACAGAACUUCGACACAAUGGGCAGCCUCCUGUAUAACUAACAAUUUCAUUUCCCAUCCAAGUGGGAUGCAACUUUCAGCAUCUCUUGACACUCUGCUGAGUGGCUCAAUAGGCAAUGGGAUUAUUUUAAAACUAAAAUGUUGUUUAAGAUUUUAGCCUUGACAAAUUAUGAUACACAGGAAAGCAUUAAGCAGUGGACAAAACACUUUUUUCUGGACUGUCUCUACAUUUAAGAGAACCUUAAUUUUUUUUAUGAUACAAAAGGUAAUUUUACAAUAACUGUUCAACUCUAAUAUUUUGCCUGUUAAAGGCAAGUUUGGUCACUAAAACAGGUAAAAUGUUUUGGCUAUUCUUCACGUGAAGUUCCCAAUUGCUGAGAUUUUUUUAAUGGAUAAAUAUGAAUGUAAAAAGCAGCAACUUUAACAUGUCUAUAAAAUUAAUAAUUUUAGAUGUUCUUGUGGAAAUCAUGUUCAAUAAAGUCUUCAGUUGACCUGCA